AGUUAUUGCGGCUACUUACGUUAAAAUGUUUCUUUUACUACACAAUGACAAGUCUCCUUCACAGAAACUGGACAUUUGGACCCUGAAUGUCCCACCUGGUCAGAUUCUGAUGAAACUAGAUGACAUCAUGCAGGUUCUAGACAUACAACAUACACAGGGACCAUUUUUAGUUUGCCUACUUUUGACACCUACCAAUUCAAAAUAUACUUUUAUAAAUAUAUAUUAUUUGCUAUAUUUUCACUGGAGAAUUCAAUUUAGUGUUUAUAUUUGGCAGUAAGAAAAAAACAGUAUUUCAAUUCCAUUCUUAAACUUUCAAGUUGCUUUUGAAACAGUCAGACCUAAAAUUACAUAGAAGAAAUAUUAUUUUAAUUAUGGUAAAAUGAUCAAUAUCAUCAAAUAUAUCAUUACAAUAUUGUCAUGGUGCCACAGCUCCGGGUGGAUAACUCCCCGGUCUUAUUUAAAAGGAGUCAUAUAUUAACAAUAAACACUGACAAGCCUCUUUGGAACACACGGUAAAUCUCGCAGUAGUUCACGGUGUCAACGAAGAGCCACGUCAAGGUGGCCAUGACACCGGAAGAUGUAAGGUACUACCUUCAAAAUAAAGAUUUUCAAACUGCGAACGCUGCUUUUUGAUGGGGUAUACGGAGUAUUGUGCGUGCAUGCCGCAUUGAGAAGGACAUUAUAAUAUGCUUUAUUACUUGCCUGCCUUAAUUUUUAAUGCACUAAUAAAAUUCUUCGUGCGCUUUAAAGUAAGUUAUCGUUUAAUUUUGAAGGGCACACACCGGAUACACGUUGUUAGGCCGUAAGUAACUUGACACCAGCGCUACCGCCUAGCACCCCGACCCCCGGCUGAGAAUCACCGCUCCCUCGACGCGGAGAGCUUCACCAAUGGGAACCACCGGGCCGGUCAGGCCCCGCCCCCCCCGGCUCCCGGCGCCAGAGCCCAGUCCGAGCACAGCGCCAUCGUCAGCUCCAUCGAGAGGGACCUCCAGGACAUCAUGGACUCGCUAGCGAUGGACGACCCCCAGCCGUCAAAGCCCCCCUCGCGCUCGUCCCCCUUGUCGCCCGUGCUCAACGGCGGGGGGCGGUACCCGCUGUCCCCGCCCGCCAGCCCCGGGGCCAUGUCCGUGGGGUCCAGCUACGAGAACGCGUCCCCCCCCUUCUCGCCGCUGUCCUCGCCUUCGGGGGCCAGCAGCGGCGGGUUCACCAGCCCGUCCCCCGGCGGCCCCCAGGACGCGAGCUCGUCUCAGCCGCCGGUGCCUCUGCGCUCCUCCAGCUACAACUUCACGGCCCAGCCUCCGCCCCCCCAGCCGCGGAGCGCCGGGGGGGGCCUGAAGGUCCAAGAGAGCCCCAGGCUGCAGAGGAGGGUCUUGAAAGAGGCCCCUCAGAGCCCCAAGCCGGGCCGCAGGGGCCUCGGACACGAGGGGCAUGAGGGGCCCGAGAGCCCCCGGCUGCUGUCCUCCAGCGAGUCUCUGAGCAGCCCCCGCCCCGCCCUCAGGUUCCCCGCCUGCCCGUCCCCCCCCGGUCCCAGGACCAGGACCGCCACGGGGCUCCAGGAGAGGCCGGCCAGCCCCUUCAGGGACUGGACCGACGGCCCCCCCGGGCAGCCCUCCCACCCCUCCAGGGCCUUCCAGCCCCCCCUGGACCCCAUCGUCCACAUCAUCCAGGGAUCUCCGCUCCAGCAGCAGCCCCCCCGCCUGCUGCAGCCCCCCGAGAGCCCCCGCACGCCCCGCAGGAACACAGAGCUGAACGGCGGCGGCAUGAGGGAGCUGCCCCCCCUCAGCCCCUCCAUGGCCCGGAGGGGGGUCCCGGCAGCGCUCCCCACCCUGAGGACACCGGACAGUCCCUCCGGUUUGGGCAGGCUGCUGAUCCCAGAGAGCCCCAGGCUCCGGCGCCGGGCCGCCUCCGCCUCCGAGGAGCCGGUGGGGGGGGGGAGGGUGGUCCUCGCACGCAGCCCGUCCCCGACGGUGGAGGUCGGCGGGGGGGGCGGAGCCCGCAAGGCCAGCCUGGGGAAUUCCCUGUCGCCCGCCUACAGCCUGGGCUCGCUGCCCGGCUCCUCGCCCGCGGCGAGCCCCCGCAGCCGCAGGAAGGCGUCCGGCGGGAGGCCCCACCCCCCCAUGAGGGAGAGGAAGAACAGCAUCUCCGAGAUCAGCGACAACGAGGACGAGCUGCUGGAGUACCACCGGCGGCAGAGGGAGGAGCGGCUCCGGGAGCAGGAGAUGGAGAGGCUGGAGAGACAGCGCUUGGAGACGAUCCUCCACCUGUGUGCAGAGUACAACAAGGUGGAGACCCCCUGCGACUCGCUGCCCUCCGGCAGGAUGGCUUUCCCUGGCGGGCCGGCCAAUGAAAACGCCAUUGGAGGCUCCGCCUCCUCCACGGCCGCAGGACUGCACCUCCUGCAGAAACAGCGGGAGAGCGAUGAGGAGAACCUGAAGGAGGAGUGCAGCAGCACGGAGAGCACCCAUCAGGAGGUGAGGACGUCGGUGCUCAAAGACGGACAGCAGGAGGACUCCUCCGGUCUGGAGCUGAGCUUCGUGGAGGAGGAGCGCGUUCGGGUCCUCGCUCGGAUCGACGAGCUCAAGAGCCGACUGACGGAGCUGGAGCAGCAACUCCAGGAGUCCAAGCAAGAGGCGGAGAUGGAGCGUGCCUUGCUCCAGGGCGAGAGGCAGGCGGAGCUCGACCAAAUCGAGGCCGAAACCGACAUCAUCACCCAGCUGCAGCGCAAGCUGGACGAGCUGGAGAGCGCCAUCCAGAGGGAGAAGGACAAGGAGAGGGCAAAUGUUGAGGCCGAGCGCCGGGCCCUACGGGGCCUCCAGGAGGUCUACGCUGAGUUGGAGAACCAGCUGCAUAACUGUCCUGAGUCCCUGCGGGAACAGUUGCAGGAACAGCUCAAAAGGGACGGAGACGCCUUGGAAACAGGAACCAAGAAGUUUGAGGACCUGGAGUUCCAGCAGCUGGAGAGAGAGAGCAGCCUGGAGGAGGAGCGAGAGACCAUCAGCCAGCAGCUGCUGCAGGAGAGGGUCGAGUACCACGGCAGCGUGGCCCGCAGGAAGGAGAAGGUGUCUGCUCUGGAGAACCAGGCCGGCCAGCUGGGCCUUCAGGCCUCUCAGGAGUACGAGCGGCUGGCUGCAGACCGCGGCCUCACGCUGCAGAUGCUCCUCAAGGAGAAGGAGCGGCUCUCGGCCCUGGAGAAGAGGUACCACGGCCUGACGGGGGGGAGGAGCUUCCCCAAGUCCUCCACUGCCAUGAGAGAGGAGUACGUGAUGGUGGGAGAGUUGAAUCAGAUGUACGGGAUGCCGAAGGUGGAGUCGUCCCCAACGUCUCCGCUACGCCAGCCCCUGCCGUCCGGAGUGGGAGACCCCGUCUUCUGCCACCUCCCCUCCGCCCACGGCUCCUCCCUCUCUCUGUUGAUGGAGUACCCGUCUGAGGGCUGUAGGCCCCCCCUCCCCAAGCUAGACUUAGAGCAGUGGUACCAGGAGCUGAUGUCCGACUCCGGUCCGCUCGGCCCCCCCUCCCUGCCGGCCAAGGCGCUGUCGGGUCGCAGGGCCGCGCUGCAGGUGUUCCGCUCCAAGCUGGACAGCGAUCCGGGCCCCCCCCUCCAGCAGCCCCGCUCUGGCUCCGCCUUGCCUCUUCAGCAGGGAGCAGCGACGCUGGGACGCAACUUCAGCUCCAAGAGCCCCCUGCUGGCAGCCAACAGCACCGGCAGCCUCCCCAGGAACCUGGCAGCCACGCUGCAGGACAUCGAGGCCAAGAGGCAGAUCGCCCUGCAGCAGAAGGGUCACCAGGUGAUCGAGGAGCAGCGGCGCCGUCUGGCUGAGCUCAAGCAGCGAGCGGCGGUGGAGGCCCAGUGUCAGUGGGAGGCGCUCAGAGGCUCUCAGUCCCAUCUGGUGGCCCCCACCUCGCCGCCCUCCUACUCCGCCGCCUACGCCUUUGGCCCCCCACCCCUAGUCCACCACUCCAUCCUGCACCACCAGCCGCCGGCGGCCGGUGAGCAGCCAUACGACACGCUGAGCCUGGAGAGCUCAGACAGCAUGGACACCAGCGUGUCCACAGGGAACAACUCGGCCUGCUCCCCCGACUACACGCCCAGUGUUGGAGGAUCGGACGCCAUGAAGAUCGAGGAGAUGGAGAAGAUGCUGCGGGAGGCGCAGAUGGAGAAGGCCCGGCUCAUUGAGUCCCGGGAGCGAGACACGGCGGCUCGCCGUCUGAUGCUGGAGGAGGAGCGGCGGAGGAGGGAGGACGCGGAGAAGAGGCUGCAGGAGGAGACCUCCCAUCGCCAGCAGCUGGUGGAGAAGGAGGUGAAGAUGAGAGCCAAGAACUUCUCCCAGGCCCGUCCCAUGACGCGCUACCUGCCCAUCAGGAAGGAGGAGUUCGACCUGCGCUCCCACGUUGAGUCGUCGGGUCACAGCGUGGAGACCUGCUACCACGUCCUCCUCAGCGAGAAGCUGUGUCGGGGCUACCUGGUGAAGAUGGGGGGCAAGAUCAAGUCCUGGAAGAAGCGCUGGUUCGUGUUCGACCGCCUCAAGAGGACCUUCUCCUACUACGUCGACAAACACGAGUCCAAGCUGAAGGGGGUCAUCUACUUCCAGGCCAUAGAGGAGGUCUACUACGAUCACCUCCGCAGCGCCACCAAGAGCCCAAACCCCUCCCUGACCUUCUGCGUGAAGACCCAUGACCGGCUCUACUACAUGGUGGCGCCCGCCGCCGACGCCAUGCGUAUCUGGAUGGACGUGAUCGUCACCGGAGCCGAGGGCUACACGCAGUUCAUGAACUGACCGACGACCCCCCCCCCCCCCCCCCCACACACACACACACACACACACACAGCGCCUUUAUUUUGUUACGGUUACUUUCUUUACUUUUCAAAUGUCACACUUUUUGCCUCCACAUUUUCUAUGUGAUUCAUCUUGGGUUGAAAAAGGGAGACGACACACGUCUGUAAAUAAACCAAAUGUAUAACUGUCAAAGACUGUAAAAAGCCUUUCUAUAUUUGCCAAAUUGAGAUCUUUUAGUCACUGUUUGUUGAACCUUAUUAUAUUAUUUCUUUUUUUUUUUACUUAAUAGAGGAUAUUGCCAAAUGACAUAAUGCCAAUGUGUAGUUUUGACUGUUAAGUUCAGAUAGUUUCAAUCAAAAGGUUGAGAGACGUGUGAGAAGCAGAAGGUCAGAUCUCCACCACGCUGACGUCAGCGCUUUGUUACACAAUGAAACACUUAUGAAGCACCUUUUUGGGGAAAGAAAUCUGAUCCAAAGUAGUUAAAGCUUCUGUCGAAUGGGUCCCUCCCAGUAACCCUGAACCCCUCUAGCAUAAUGUUAGCAUUAUGCUAAUCACGCGGCCUGAACGCUAGCUAUUCUCGCUUAUCACUAUUAAAUUGUAUUUUGUCUUUAAACCGUACAGAACUUCUUCUGGAGAAGCGUUCCUCCAGUUUAGCGACUACAAACAUCUGUGGUCUAAGGAGCAGCUACGGAAUUGUUUCUCCUCCUUGGUUUAAGUGGGACAAAGUCUUUGUGCUAAGCUAGGCUUGGCUAGCAAAUCAAUUUCAUCAAUGAACAAGUAGUCGGCUUCACAGAGAGCCACAAACGGGCUGAACUCUUACAGGCCACGUGACUCUGAUCCUUCAACAACCUCAUGUUCCUGUGAUGGAAAAGCAGCUUCGAAAUUACGACAUGAUAAAACGCUUGUUUUCUGAAUGAAGCAUAAACAGGUCAAUGCUAGGCUACGCUAACGUGGCAACUCCAUUAAAUAAAAUAAGAUGUUUCUCAAAGUCCUAAUUUUGAUGUAAAAAAAAUGAUGCCUACAGCUGUGGAAGUUUGGUAUAAUAUACAUUGAGUUAAAGGUGGUCGAUGGAUGUGACCCCCCCACUGUGUGACCUGCAGGUAUCGAUCCAUCGGUCUGGAGCUGUGAUUCUGAGCAUGUGGAAGUGUGUUGCUACAGUAAUUAUUAUUAUUUAUGGUUGUGGUGCCUGAGAUAGUGACAUGUUUACUUCUUAAAAAAAUAAAACAA